AUGGAUUGUCAAUUUCGAUAUCUUGAUAACAGAAUAAUAUCUCAAACAGACAAGGAUUUAUGUUUAAAUUAUAUAGUGCCAACAAUAUGUGACGAACCUGAUCCUAAUGAUUUAUCGAAGAGUCGAUGUAUAGGAAAAUUCCAAGUUCCAACUGAACUUCUGGAUGCACCUAUAACUGAAAGAUUAAAUUUUAGUUUACCUGAUAAACGUUAUGGCAUUCAAUUUUUAAUCAAUAUCACUGAUGCUGAAUAUAAUCCAAAAUAUGAUAAUGGUAUUGUAAUUAAAGCCUACGAUCAAGAAUUUAAUCCACACAGAUUACCUGAAGCGGUGGGUAAUCUCGUAAAUAAACUUGAUCCUUAUUUUAUUGAGAGACUUGAUAGUCUCAACUUUCAUAUAAUGACAUAUCAUCAGACAAGAGAAUUUCUUAUAACGUCAUUUUGGGAAAUGCUCGGUUUACCUCCAUAUUAUUUCCUUCAACCUUAUAUUGAUUCUAGAAUUGAAUAUAUAAGAAUACCAAGUAUAAUAGAUCAAUUUGCAACCAGUAAUUAUGGUAUUUUAUUUGUUGGUACUUUGAAUUGGAUUGAAACAAUAGAAAGUGAUCUUAGAAUUUAUAAUAAUCUGGAUUCAAUCGCAUUAAUAUCAUUAUUUUAUUCAUUAUUAACUGGAGUUUAUACUUUUCUAUUUGGUUGGUCUGCAAUAGUGCCUUGGGGAAUAUGUCAAAGGUCAUGUUGUUCCAGCGGAUCAAAAGCAAAACUAUGCAAAAAAUUUGAAUCAAGAGGUAUACCGCUUAUGCCAUCAACAACUCCAGAUAAAGAUGUCAGUG